CUUGACAGCGCGCGCUCUCCUAGACAGCAGAGAAUCAUACACAUCGUCCAGGAGCAAGCAGCAAGUCCAAUGGUGGGAUCCAGUCGCAGCCAACUGUCGAUGAUUCACUCACAUUAUAUCACAACGCUUGGACUGCAGCGUACACAAUCAUUUGGUCUGGAUUAACAAAUAUACAGUCAUCUGUAUGGUCGGGGGGCAAGAUUUCGCAGUAUGGUCCGGGAAACCAGACACUUAUGGGUGGGGAAUUUACCAGAAAAUGUACGAGAGGAGAAGAUUAUUGAGCACUUCAAACGAUAUGGACGUGUGGAGAGUGUCAAGGUCUUGCCGAAGCGUGGGUCGGAGGGAGGCGUUGCGGCGUUUGUGGAUUUUGUGGACAUUAAGAGCGCCCAGAAGGCACACAACUCCAUCAACAAGAUGGGGGACAGGGACCUUCGCACAGAUUACAAUGAGCCGGGAACAAUCCCCAGUGCAGCCCGUGGACUGGAUGAUAGCCUGUCCAUAGGCUCACGCGGGCGGGAUGUAUCAGGGUUCACGAGGGGGGCUGGGGGCCCAGUGUACGGGCCCCCUGCAUCACUCCACACCAGAGAUGGACGCUAUGAACGCAGACUAGACGGGACUGCCGAGAGCCGGGAACGUGCGUACGACACACACAGUGCCUACGGACACCACGAACGGGCCAGUGGCAGUAGCAGUGGUGGUGGCGGCAGCGGUGGCGGCGGCGGCAGCAGCAGCAGCUUCGAGCGGCAGCGGCACUAUGAUACGGACUAUUACCGGGAGCCCCGGGACCGGUCGCUCAGUAGCGGGGGAGGUAGCUCUACCUCCACCAGCGGGAGCAGCGGAGGCAGCUCGGGGUCGGGCAGCGGAGGGGUGGGCGUUGUGGUUGCAGGUAGCAGCAGCGGUGGAGGUGGUGGUGUUGGUGGAAGUGGCGGGAGUGGUGGAAGUAGCAGCGCCGUCGCUGCCGGAGUUGGGGUCAGUGUGGUCGGCGGGACAUCGUCAGCGGUGACGGCAGCCUACUAUGGCUCUCGCAGCCGCAGCCCGAGUCGCUUCGACUCGACAGAGACUCGCUACGAGGCGAGGGGCGCCCGCGAGAGCUUCACCUUGGCCAGCGUUGUGCAUCGGGACUUGUAUCGCGAGGAGCGGGAACGGGAGCGGGGAAGGCGAACGGAGCGCUCGUACCACCACAGUCGCAGCCGAUCGCCGCACUCUUCCUCGCAGUCGCACAACCCCUCACCGCAGAGGCUGACCAGCCAGGCACUCCGGGCGACACGCUCACCCAGCGGGUCGGGAUCACGGAGCCGAUCCUCAAGCUCGGACUCGGUUAGCAGUACCAGCAGCAGCAGCAGCGGCAGUGAGUCCAGCAGUAGUUCCAGUGAUGAAUCCCCAGCGCGGUCAGUUCAGUCAGCUGCAGUGCCCGCCCCUUCUUCACAGUCACUUCCUUGCCUUGACAAGGAAGAGCCUCGGAAAAGCUUCGGCAUUAAGGUCCAAAAUCUUCCUGUUCGCUCAACAGAUACAAGUUUAAAGGACGGUCUGUUCCAUGAGUUCAAGAAGCAUGGCAAAGUCACCUCGGUGCAAAUUCAUGGGGCUUCAGAGGACCGCUACGGACUCGUCUUCUUCCGGCAGCAGGAGGACCAGGAGAAGGCACUUGGUGCAUCUAAAGGGAAACUCUUUUUUGGCAUGCAAAUUGAGGUCACCGCCUGGAAUGGUCCUGAGACUGAGAGUGAAAAUGAGUUCAGGCCUCUAGAUGAGCGCAUUGACGAAUUCCACCCCAAAGCCACAAGGACGUUGUUCAUUGGAAACCUGGAGAAGACGACCAUCUCCCAUGAUCUGCUCAACAUCUUCCAGCGGUUUGGCGAGAUAGUGGAUAUCGACAUCAAGAAAGUAAAUGGUGCACCUCAGUAUGCUUUUCUGCAGUACUGUGAUAUUGCCAGUGUCUGUAAAGCCAUAAAGAAAAUGGAUGGCGAAUAUCUGGGCAAUAACAGGUUAAAGUUGGGCUUCGGGAAAAGUAUGCCUACCACAUGCGUAUGGUUGGAUGGCCUAGCAUCCAGCAUCACAGAGCAGUACCUCACACGUCACUUUUGUAGAUAUGGACAUGUAGUGAAGGUUGUGUUCGAUAGAUUAAAAGGGAUGGCACUCAUCCUUUACAACAACAUUGAAUGUGCGCAGGCCGCUGUCAAGGAAACCAAGGGGUGGAAGAUUGGGGGCAAUAAAAUUAAGGUGGAUUUUGCCAAUCAGGAAAGUCAAAUGGCUUUCUACCGGUCAAUGCAAGCCUCUGGGCAGGACAUUAGAGACUUCUAUGAUGUUGUACCUGAACGAAGAGAUGAGCGCAGGCCGCCAUAUCAUGAGUUCUCAGCUGAGCGGACCUACUACGAUAAUGUGCGGACACCCGGAACCUACACAGAGGACCCUCGACGCAAGUACACAGCGCGAGGCCGGGAGUUCUAUGCGGAAUGGGAUCCCUACCAGACAGAGUUUUACGAUCCACGUUACUAUGAGGACCCACGCGAAUACAGGGAUUACCGGGACCCCUAUGAGCAGGACAUACGCAAAUACAACUACCUGCGGGAACGGGAGAGGGAAAGGGAGCGGUUUGAGACAGACCGUGAGCGUGACCAUGGGCGCAGGACUUUAGAGCAAAGCCCAUCGCUCAUACGGCGCCCAGCCAGUCCCACAGCUUCACCUUCACCCUCUGAUCGCCUACCGAGUGACUCUGAGCACCCCAUAUAUAGUCGGUCAUCGGAGAGAAGCGGCAGCUGCAGCUCCCUUUCACCCCCACGCUAUGAAAAGAGGCCGGAUCGGUACAACAAAGUAGAGAAGUCUGACAAGGAAAAAUCAUUAUUUGAAACUGACCGCCUCAGUGUGAGUGACAAAGAGAAGCGUUCUGCCAGAAAGGACAAAUCUGACAAAGAUAGGAGUGAGAAGCAAAAGCUGAGGAAGCUGAAACUGGCCUCUCCUAGCGUGCCAUCCUCAGAGACAGACCCUGAUCCUGAACCUGACAGGGACGGCAGCCCAGACGGUGGUCCAAGAGCGAAAGGCAACCGGUUCCUUGGCAAAGAGAAAGAGAACAAAGCUCGUCUAGACUUGCCACCGUGCGUAGUGCAGCUGACACGGGUCAAAGAAAAGGAAGGCAAGGUCUUGGACACAUUCCCUCAUACAGUCACAGAGAAACAAAGGCUUAAAGUUUCAUCUGACUCUGUUCGGUCUCCCCCUCUGCCUCCUGUUACGACCAUGGAACAGAGGGGUUUCCCCUCCCGGAGCGAACUUCAAAAGGGAGACAUUCUCAGGCAUGUAAAGGUACCCAAAGAGAAGGGCUUGGCGAGUCAAAUUGAGUUGGUGGAGAAAGAGGGGAAAACAAAACCUAAAAAACACUUGAAGUCCGAUCCCACACUUGAGGGUGCCAAUUCCUCUCUGGAUGUUGACCGUUCAGCUGCCAGACGAAAACGGUUUGAGGAGACCACUGUAAAAGCUGAAAGACUUAGAAGGAUAAGAGAGGAGGAGGAGGGUACUGGAGUCUGUCUGAAGAGGCCAGUUGAAAGUGUUCUGCCAACAGACCCAGACAGUGAAAAAAAGAUUGCAUUGAAGGACAUUUACAAGACAGAGCAUCGAAAAACAAAAUUAGACAGACUGGUAACGGUUAAGAAUAGUCCUACAGAAAGGCAAGAGCCUGAGUGUGCAACAUUUGUUAUGGACACAGGGCUGAGCCCUGAUUUGCAGUCUCGACUCGGGCAACCAAAUGAAGAAUCAACAGAUGCUGUGUCUACGCCGAGGCAAGAAGGCUUAGGUGUGAAAAAUCAGAGCCGUGCUAGUAUUAGCAGGAUAUCCUCUGAUGAUGGGAGCCAAGAUCUAGAACCGUACAGAGAAAAAGACCACUCGCAUAUCAGCAAUCAGGAACAUCCUGUCGAGAAAACCUUUGCGAUGCACGAUCCCAGACUAUCGGUGGACAUAGACCAUUCCCAAAGCUGUCGAAAACAAAUGGAACAAAGUCGUCGACUUCAGAAGCAGCUGCAAGAAAAUGAUAAGUUAAAUAAUUUGGAGAGUCCUGUUGGUGGGGACUUAGAGGAUAUAGAACAGCAUGAAAUAGGGAAGUCAUCACAGGAUGGUGCCGCUGAUUCUCCACCCAGCAAGCGUAAAAGGAUAGAUGCCGUUGACCUUGAAUUGAAUUCAAAACGAGAGCGUAAUUACAGAAGCUCUAGAUCCGCUAGUGAAGAUUCUGAAAAUAAUUCAACUUCAGUAGUAACAAGACAUUCAGUAUACAGUGAGGAAGAGGUCUCUGUAGAUUCACCAGCCACAGUGUCCAGUAAAGAUGCCCAUAAAACAGGGGAGAGGCCCAGCAUUCGAUCCAAUGUUUUUAAACAUAGUCUGGACUCUUCCACUUCAAAAAUGCUCUCUGCUCACACAGAGCACUCCAAACUAAGGUCGUUUUCUCAAGGCGCUGAGGAAGAAUCACGAUGGGAGAGCAGAAUGAAACAGGACACCCUGCGGAUGGACAUGACCUUUCCAAGUAGUGUUAUUAAACGGGAUGGAAUCCGCAAGCGACCAGUUCGUGAGCUGGAGCCGGGAGAGGUUCAGUCAGAUUCGGAUGACGAUGGUGGUGACAAACACCUUUCACCAAAAUCGAAUUCCUCGCUGUCAUAUUUGCAGCGGGACAGGGAAGAUAGACAUAUAGAUAUCAAAUUGUCUGGCUCACUAGAAAAGAAUAAGUUUUAUGAGUUUGCCCAAGGCAAGACCAUAACCCCUGACACCAAGGCUCUAUUGGCACGAGCAAAGUCUCUCUCCUCCUCAAGAGAGGACAAUUGGUCAUUCCUAGGUCAUGAGUCGCGGUUAACUACUCUUUCCAACAGUUCAGACAAGGAAAAGGUUGAGUCAACACCACGACCUAUUCCCUCUUGGUAUAGAAGGAAAAAACAAGACUCUGAGGGCAAAUUGGAUGAUAAAAAGGAGAUGCCCAAGACAGAGGACCAUGAACGGCAAGAGCUGUUUGUGUCUCGUUUCCUUCGCAGCUCUAUCUUUGAACAAGACUCGCGUCGUCUGCAGCAUCUUGAACGCAAAGACCACAAUUCUGAAUACAGUACGGGUAGACUCACAACUCCGUUGAGCAACACUGAGGUGCAUGUCAGCAGUGCAGUUGAAGACCGCACGCAAGAGCCAGUUGGGCUUUUUCGCAGUCGUUUCUUGGAGUUACAGCAGCAGAAAGGCAGAGAUCACCAGGUCCACGAUGACAGAGUCAACAUGCUCGACAGAGAUGAGGACGACAAAGCAAAAGAAGGGAAUCUGGAUCAACACCCCAAAAUGGAGGAAUCCACACAGGACAUUAAACCAGUUAGUCCUGCUAUAGCUCAAUCAGUAUUAACCUCUGCUCCAUCAAAGGACGUAUCUCAAUCAGAUGAUGACCAGCUAGAUAAAUCAGAGGCGUUACCAGUCCUGCAGAUUAAGAAGGAAGAAAAAGCAAACAAUGUUGAAAGCUCUCCCCCACAAUCUGCAGAAAAGUUUGAAGCUCCUCCAACGAUUAGCCUUGCUGUUGCUGAUCUUGUUUGCAAAGACGAGGAGGUAAUAGAUGAACCUAAACCAGAACCACUUGAAAUGAAAGCAUCCACUGUCAAUACUGCACUAGUGGAACACGCAACCUGUGCUGAAGUCAAACCUCCCACUCCUGUAGUCUCUCAUAGUGUUUCGCAACCUGAUGAAACUGAGGCAGCAGAGAGGACACGGUCUCCAAAAUCAUCACCAAGAGCUGUGGGAAGUCCAGAAACUAUAAUUGAGGAAGAAUUGAAGCCAGAAAAGACUCUGCCCAGAGAAAGCUAUUCACCCAAAAGGGAUGUAGACACGCAGCUUGAAAUGGCAGUGGCAAUUUCAGAUGUAGAGGCAGAAGAAGCACCCCCUGCACGGAAAUCAACAAAGAACAGAAAAUCUAAGCUCACCCCAUCUGCUCCUCCAGCUCCACUUCCCAGCCAACCAACAGCCAGCGAAAAGCCGGCGAAUCGCAGAAGUGAGCGCAUUGACAAAGAAAAGUUAAAACGAGCCUCUUCUCCGAGAGGUGAAGCUGCAAAGAGCACUGCUGAAUCUAAUAAAACCACAGCAAAAUCACCCGGCCACUCCACAGAUACAGAGCUCGGGUCAGAGUCAGAUGGCGUCAGAGGGAGACGUCGGCGGAAUGUACGCUCUGUGUAUGCCACACCACCUGAGGGCGAGAAUGUACAACAGUCAGGAAAAGAGGUGGUUGAGGCUCCUCGCGCUACACGAAAGCGUGGUGCUGAUAAAGACGUUGUCCCUGCAGUCGGCAAGAAAGGUCGUCCCAAGGCCCGUAAAGCAGGAAAAGUUGUUGAAGACGUGUCACCGGCAAAGGCAGACCAGACUAAAAUGUCUGAGGGAGAAGACACUGACGGCAAAGAUUCUGUCAGCAGUGACAUAUCUAAGAUGGCAGAAGGUUGGCGCUCUCCCCGAUCUCAGAAAACUCAGCACUCACCCCCCAGGAGUGCUCAAAGCAAAAAAUCAGGAAAGGCUGAAAAACAGCCUGAGAAAAUGGACAUGCAGUUUGACAAGCUAGAGUCUGAUGAAGUAACAACAACAACCUCUGAACUCAAAACUAAACUGAGUGAAGAGUCUCAAGAUUUGACAAGGAAGUUACCUGAGGAUACCAAGCCACAGACUAAAAGCGAGAAGGUUGAGAAAGAGAGUGAAGUUACAGAGACCCCUGAAAAGAAAUCUGAAGAAAAUGAUGAUGAGAAAUUGGAAACCUCAAUAGAAAAACGCAAACCAGUUGAAAAGGGUGGUAAAACAAAACAAUCAAGAUUGACUCGUAACUCGAAAACAGGAGGUGAAGACAAAUCACUUCUUGUAUCUUGUAAAAAUCUUGUAAUUCAUUUAAGUGUGGAUGAUGUCAUGGGCGUCCUCAGAUCAGGUGAAGAUGAACCUGAACCGUUUCAAGACUCUGUCAAGAAAACAAAACCUGAAAUUCCUCAGAAAGAGGGUACCACCGCUCCCAGUUACCUAAAAGAAGUGGAUGACCUCAGCCCGGAUGAAAAAGACGAGGAGGAUGCCGAAGCUGAGCCCCCAGUCGACCCUGCCGCUGCCCUCCUUGCCCGUCAAAUGGAACUUGAAAGGGCAGUUGAAAAUAUUUCUAAAUUUACAGUAGAACAGUCAGUCCCACCUUACAAAGAGCCGCCUGCUGAACCCCCAGCCCUGUUGCCACCAACUCCAGUGGAGCCAGAUGAGGUGGAGGAAGAGAAGCCUGCUAAUCCUGCAAGUGAAACAGAGCUGGCUGCAGCCAUUGACUCAAUUACUGCUGAGGAUAUAUCUGCAGAUACAGAUGCGUUCACGGCAACCUCAUCCUACCCUCUCCAACUUGCCAGUCCCACACCUGAACCAGUAGUCUUGCCCAUAUCCAGUGGAACAAUGGAACCUGAAACUCAGGUGCCGUUCAGCAAUGUGGUGAAUACAGAUUCAGAUUCUGGUGUUACCACAGAGUCCAAGUCAUCUGAACAGACCAGCACAGAAACCACGAUGCAGGAAGAGCCUGUGCCUGUGCCUGUUCCUGUUCCUGUAGGACCACAAAAGAAAGUUGCAAAACCCCGGCCUAAAACUCCAAGAAAAGCCAGAGGUCGGAAGACUGCAGCUACCAAAAAAGGAGAGAUGGUUGAAGAUCCUGAGUUGGAUGCAGAGCCAGUAACUGUCAAGCUACCAGAUUCAAUACCUGAAGAUAUGAAAACCAUUCCACCUAAGGCUGUUACCACGGCAGCGACAGCAACUGUUGUUACUGCAGCAGCUGCUUGCAAACAUGAUGUCACAUCAACGGUAGCUCUUGACACCCCGAAAGAGGCUGAGCAGCCUGCUGUCGAACAGCCUGAACCCCAAGAGUCAGCCUUUCACUCUAGCAGCAGUAGCAGCCCUGCACACUGCAAACCACAGCCACCGCCGGUACCCAUGGACCCCAUUGUCCCUGCCCUCACCCCAUCUCCAACCCGCCUGACUAUACCACCUGCACGCCCAGGCAAAAUGCCAAUCUCACCACCCUCUUGGCUGAACAGGCAAUCUGAGGAGGCAUCAGCACUGUCCACACCUACCCCACAAAUAGUCGCAACACCACCUACAGCACCUGUGCCAGGUAUCGGAAAUGUGUCGGGAAACCCACCCUUACCACCUGAUACUAAGGCAUCCGACAUUGAUCCCAACUCUAGCACUUUAAGGAAGAUUCUAAUGGAACCAAAAUAUGUAUCCGCCUCGAACAGCACCUCUGUCCCCAGCAUGGUUCUUACAACAACAUUAGUCGAGCCCCGCAUGUCAGAGAAUGAAACGUCAUCAGACCCUCCGUCAGUUAAGUCCUCUAUACCUGAAGACAGACCUUCACCUCACACACCGCACACCAGACUCCCAACGCCACCUCAGCCCCAAGAAAAUCAGUUCGGUGAAAAGUUGGUGAAUUCAGUGAUCUCCUCUGCUACCUCAGUUAUAAGUCGCAUUACCCCCUUUGAUUCUGAUGAGACUCCUCACAUCUCUCUGAGCAACCGCAGUUCUGGAAUGUCACUGCCUAAGCAGAAAUACAGAGCCAGCAUGAAUGAAAACAGUAUUCCACGCUAUCCUGGAUUGAGCAUGGCCGAGAGAGAAGAGGGAACUGGUGCGAGUCGGCCAGUGGCAGACAAUGCCAAUUACAACACAGGCCCAAGCCCUGGAUUAAGAGUGAACACCUCAGAGGGUGUGGUGGUAUUGAGCUACUCAGGACAAAAGACUGAAGGACCUCAACGGAUCAGUGCCAAAAUUAGCCAGAUCCCGCCAGCCAGUGCUGUCGACAUUGAAUUUCAGCAAUCCGUAUCCAAAUCCCAGAUAAAACAGGAGUCUGUCACUCCGACGCAACCCUCUACUCCAAAGGGAUCCCAGACACCCACCAGUUAUGGACACACAGGAGUUGUAUUAGCUGGACAAACGUACAACACUCAGCCUGUUAUCUCUAUUAACCAUGGAAGCCCUAAGUCUGAGAAGCCUGAAUCAAUCUACCACACUGGCUCUCAAAGCGGGCCAGUCAAAAUCUUCCAGCAGUCUGGUAGCAGUCCCCAGAUUUUAAUGUACAAUCAAAUGAUGCAGCAACAUGUGAAGAAAGCAUCUGGAGCAUCAGAAUCCAUGGGCGUAAAAUGUGAGCCAACCAAACUGAUACAGCCCACCAACCUGAGUCCAGUCCUAAGCUCACAUCACUCGUCCUUGGCAGGCAACCCCAGGGUCUCAAGCCCCACAACACCGACUGACCGCUCCCUCCACCCUAAGCAAGAGCCUCAUUCGCCUCGGACAUCCGGCCACUCGCCCUCACCUUUCCCCAAAGUGCACCCACCUGGUAGCUCGAUGUCCCCCAUUGGCACCUCUGUAGUUUUAGGUCCAGGAGGCCCAAUCUCCCAGUAUGUUCCUGGCAUGCACCACUCCGAACAGUCAGUCAUCAUGACUCCCCACAAUCAUGUCUCCCAGCAGUCCGUGCCUGUGGGCCACCACUCUCAGGGAGACGUGCGACGCAGCACUCCCCCUCUCUCUGGAAUAAGCUACGGGAUGCGCCCGGAGUCGCUGGCCUCUCCCCGGUCCGUGGCUCAGCAGCGCUCCACCACACCUCAGCCAGCAGCGAUCAGGGACAUUGUGCUGCAGUCGCACGCAGGUCACCCUGGCUCGGGAACAGGAAGUGGGGCUAACGAGGAAGACAUGAGACACUUCCACCAAGGACUUCGGAGGCCAGGACCGCCUCAUCAGCCUAAUCACCCUCAUCACCCUCAUCCUGCUCACUCUCACUCUCACCCUCCUCAUAAUCACCCUCCUCACUCUCACUCUCCUCACUCUCACCCUCCUCACUCUCACCCUCCUCACAAUCACCCUCCUCACUCUCACCCUCCUCACAAUCACCCUCCUCACAAUCAUCCUCCUCACAAUCACCCUCCUCACACUCACCCUCCUCACACUCACCCUCCUCACUCUCACCCUCCUCACUCUCAACCUCCUCACUCUCAACCUCCUCACUCUCACCCUCCUCACUCUCAACCUCCUCACGCUCAACCUCACCCUCAGCCAGAUGUUAUGGUGGUCCCAGGGGACUACAGAGGACUACAUCACAGCGGACUGCGUCUAGAUCAGUUCAACAUGGCCACGAGGGACGUUCGUCUCCUCAUGCAACAUCAGUUGGGCGAGCACCAGCCUGUGGACUCCCGCAAGUCUCGCACACCUGAGACUCCAAUGUCCACACACAUGUCCGCAGCAGCUUCGUCUAAAACUCCCCCCGGGAAAGUGGUCGUGCCACCCCCAGUCAAGGAACCUCCGAAGGUCCUAGAGGUCAAGAUGCCACCGUCUCCUCACACAGAGAGCAGGAUUAUGGGACAUCCUGGACAUCCUCCUGUAUCUGUUAUGAUGUCACCUCAAGGGGUUCAGCUGGUGCACCCUGGUGCCGGUGCUUCCAUGCCUGAGUACCCGCCAGUGUACAGGGAUAUGCGGGGCUUCCAUUCCCAAUUUCCUGGUCAUCCCGGUCACAACCCUAUGGCCAUGAAUCUGGGACCACGCCACACCAUACCCCCUCCUCAGGAAGUGGAUCACCCUCACAGGAACAAAAUCUCCCCUGUGCAGCCCCCGGGAGCCAUAGCCGAGCUGAAAAGUGAAGGGUUACACCUGCGUCACCCAGCCAUGGACUUUCCGCACUUGCCCAGUAGGAUUCGAGAAGCCAGCUCGCCCUCCUUCCUGCCUUCCUCCUCUGCUGUGGCCCACAAGCCAGAAAUGACCCAUCCUCUCUACAAGGCGCCGCAAGCUGUCAUCGCCGGCCCUCUUCCACCAGCUGCCUCGGGCCGGCCUCAGAUGCGACCAGAUGUGAAACUUGAACACACAGAGCACCGUUCGGUAGACGCGGGGAAGCUUUUAACGAAGUACCCGAUCGUGUGGCAGGGCCUGAUUGCCCUGAAGAAUGACACAGCUGCUGUCCAGCUGCACUUUGUUUCAGGAAACAACGUCCUGGCGCAGCGCUCUCUUCCCCCAGUGGAGGGCGCCGCAAUGCUUCGCAUAGCGCAGAGGAUGCGGCUGGAGGCAGCACAGCUAGAAGGAGUGGCACGAAGGAUGAAUGUGGAAAGUGACUACUGUCUCUUGUUGGCAUUGCCCUGUGGGAGGGACCAGGAGGAUGUCCUUGCUCAAACCCAUGCUCUUAAAGGGGGAUUCAUCACCUACCUGCAAGCCAAGCAGGCCGCUGGCAUCAUCAAUGUACCUGAUCCAGGCACUUUCCAGCCCGCCUAUGUAGUCCAGAUUUUCCCGCCCUGCGAGUUUUCGGAGACGCACCUGUCUCACCUGGCCCCAGAUCUUCUCAACAGCAUCUCCAACAUCUCUCCGCACCUCAUGAUUGUCAUUGCCUCCGUGUGAGGGGCCAUCUUUUUUUCAAAACUUCUCUCCACUGGGACAUCAACACCAGCCUAUGGGACUUUUUAUUUUUUCUUUGGCGUACAGACAUGAAUAAGCCUCACUGCAGGACUUGGGGACUUAAAUCUUUUUUUUUGCAUCAUGCACUCAUUUUUCUUUUGUUACUGUUUUUUUUAACUUGUUUUCACCAGAACCUUAAUUCAUUCUCUCACCUCAACUUUCACGUCUAUGCAUCUCUGCUGAGAAGGCAAAAUGGGCGUAACUGGAUUUUACAAUGAUCAAUUGUCUGAUCAUUUAUUUUAUUUUUUGCCAUUGAUGGACACGCAAAAGAUCUUUAUUUUAUUUUCAGAGCAUCAAGAAAGGGGAUGAGUUAAAAAAAAAAACUUUUGUGAGAGACUGUUUAACAGUUGUUCUCCACUGAUGAUGAUUGUGAUUUUGUUGUUUUAUUUUUAAAGAAUUUCUUAACGUUUAAUCUGAUCAGUCAUUGCACUAUGUUGGAGAAAUCAAAUUGAGAAUCAAGUACUUUUAACUUUGUACAGAUUUGUAUAUGACAUUAUGCUUUUGAAAGAAGAAAAAAAUGCUCCUGUCACCAGCCUUCUCUGCACAAGGGUAAAAAAAGUGAGUUGGUGAGAUCUUCUUUUCCUUGGAUUUCACAAUUUGAAGAAAGCGCCAUGAACAUACACAUAUUGAACUGACUGAAUUGCAAAAUAUCAGCUCUCUACGGACUUCUCUGCAACUACUGUCUUGCAACGUUAAUUCCGUUUUUUUGAGGUUUUUUUCUAAUUCUUUGCGAGCCAGGCCCUGGAGGGAAUCCUGGUGUUGUACAGUUUACACUUGAGGCCUCAAUGUGGGACUAUUAAGAUAUACCUUUUGCUCAACUUUACCUGUCUCUUUAAGAUUAAAGGUGAAAAAGGGGGUUGUGAAUGGAAAAAAAACAAACGUGUAAAUAUUAUAAAUAUUUAAGGACUUGAAAUGGACAUCACAGACAAGAAGCUGGGAGACCAAGUGGAUUACAGCAUAUCAUUGACCACAUGUUGAUCAUUUAUAUCAGGAAUGUCCUAACGGGGACUGGUGACUGUCCCUGAUGCUUUCUUUAGAAAAAAAAAAUCUGUGCCAAAAUAUCUUUUCAAAUAUUCGAGAUGAACACGAAAAAAAAACAGUGGAACUAGAAAUGGAAUUCAAGAAUCAACUAUUUUUGUUUUCAUACUUUUUGUAUUCCUCACAUUGUUGUAAUUGUUGACUCUGCCUCGUUUUUGGAUGAUUUUAAUCAUUUCCUCCUUGUUCUAUCCAACUUAUUUUUCCUACUGGAGUCAAAGUUCGCUUUCACACAAUGCACAUGAUGCAGUGAUGGUGGUGUUGAUGACUGUUCAUUUGAGCUCACUCCCUGUCUGUCUGUCUGUCUGUCUGUCUGUCUGUCUGUCUGUCUGUCUGUCUGUCUGUCUGUGUCUGAAGAGCUGUUCUCUUUUCCUCUCCUGUCUCUUGUCUGUUUCUCUGCCUCUUUCUCAUCAUGUGUCUGAACUUAUGAAUUCUGAUGUAAUUAGCUGUGUGCCAUGUGGUCAGACAUCUUUGAAUGAAACGUUAAUUCAUGAAAGAAGUCGUCUCUUAAAAAAGAAUUUUUGGGAAUGUUUCUCCCUCUUCUACUUGUCUGUCCACUGUCUCCCGAGCCAAGAUGUAAAUACUCAUUAAUUUUAUCUUUAAACGUGUUUAUUUGCGCUCACAAUUUUCUUUGUUGUCUCAUUUCAGGGUCCUCAUUUUUUUGUUUUGUAUGACAAAGCAAAGCAGUCUGAAAUAUGAUAACUGAGGUGUUAAACCGAUGCAGAAAGUAGAACCAUGUUUCUCAGUUUUGUGGUGCGAAUAUUUGUAAUGACUGCAGGCUGACCGUUGUCAUGGUUGUGUUGAAGGCACUUAUAAUUUUUGAUACAAAUUUAAAGAAAGAAAAAAAAAUACCAAAAGAAAGAAAAGAAAAAAUCAGAACUGUUAAAUCUUCAAAACAAAAUGUCUUUGAUUCAUCUUUAUUUCAUCAGUUUGUAUUUUUGCUGUUCCUCUAUGAGGACAUUUUAAAAGUGUAAAAUAAAUUUUGUUCUUCUGAUCAUUAAAAUGGUCAUUCACUA